CGUCCGACCGGCGUCAGAGGCGAUGAUCGAGCUGGUGACUCUCCUGUUCCUGAACAGUCUGACUGAAGAGGCGAAGGCCAAAGCGUUUGAGGAGAAAUCUGCUACCAUCAGAGCUCAACAUGUCCGAGCUGUGGCUAAGCAUUCCAGUGGUUAUUUUUCUCGAGAAUCUGAUCCGGCUCCCCACUGAGUAAAGCUUUGUCCUGUUUAUGUUCCCAGUACGACUACAGGAGGCCUUACUAGGUUUGUGAAGCCCACCAGUCCCACCUUUCACCCCUCCACACCUCUCUGAGGAGUCACAUUUUUAUGACAGAACCCUUGAAUAUCCAACAGCACAUCCAUCUCUAUGCUUUACAGAGAAUCAGAUUUUAAAAAAUGGUCUUUUUUUAUAUCGUAGUUUUAGCACGAGACAAUAUAGCAAUAUAGUGAUAAAAGUCCUGCAAGAUAUGAGUAAAAUCAGGAAAAUGUAGUAAAGCUUAAAGAAAAUUAAUAUUAGUCAGUAUUUCAUGUGAUUAGACUAUUAUUACUCAUGCAAUAAUGCAAAAAUGAGGUCUUACUGCUGUAGGAGCUGAAAGAAAUCAUGAAAACAGUGUAAAUUCAGUGUUCUCAGCUUCUUAAAUGUGAACAUUUUCUGGUUUCUUUCCUCCUCCAUGCCAGUAAACUGAAGAAGUUUGGACAAAACGAGACAUUUGAGGAAACUGAUCCACAUUUUUCAUAAUUUUAGUGCAUUUUAUAGCAUUUUUUUAGUUUAGAUCUUCUAGAACUAAACACCAUUGAAAAAAAGUUACAGAGAAGCUUGUAUUUUAUCGUCCUCCUUUCAAGGUUUGCUUAUGUUCUCCGGAGAACCUCUUCUAUCUAAAUAUCCUCUUCUGUCCUGUGUGUCCAGCCACUGUUUCCAAACUCUCCUACAGAUAAAUCAGCUCCAGCGUGGGAAAAUAAAAUCCUCUUUUUCAAGAACAAACCUGCUCUUCUGUAUGUAUCAUCUAUCUUAUCAUACAUGUAUCCAACUGUGUGUUAUGUGUUCCUUGUUUCCCACCACCUCUCUUCUCCCAUCCCUCCCCCUUUACCUCUACCUCUACUCCUCUAUCUCUACCCCUCUAUCUCUACCUCUCUACCCCUCUAUCUCUAUCUCUACCUCUCUACCCCUCUAUCUCUAUCUCUACCUCUCUACCCCUCUAUCUCUACCUCUCUACCCCUCUAUCUCUAUCUCCACCUCUACCCCUCUAUCUCCACCUCUCUACCCCUCUAUCUCUAUCUCCACCCCUCUAUCUCUACCUCUCUACCCCUCUAUCUCUACCUCUCUACCCCUCUAUCUCUACCUCUCUACCCCUCUAUCUCUACCUCUCUACCCCUCUAUCUCUAUCUCCACCUCUCUACCCCUCUAUCUCUAUCUCCACCUCUCUACCCCUCUAUCUCUACCUCUCUACCCCUGUAUCUCUAUCUCCAACUCUCUAACCCUCUAUCUCUAUCUCCACCUCUCUAACCCUCUAUCUCUAUAUCCACCUCUCUACCCCUCUAUCUCUAUCUCCACCUCUACCCCUCUAUCUCUACCUCUCUACCCCUCUAUCUCUAUCUCUACCUCUCUACCCCUCUAUCUCUAUCUCCACCUCUACCCCUCUAUCUCUAUCUCCACCUCUCUACCCCUCUAUCUCUACCUCUCUACCCCUCUAUCUCUAUCUCCACCUCUCUACCCCUCUAUCUCUAUCUCUACCUCUCUACCCCUCUAUCUCUACCUCUCUACCCCUCUAUCUCUAUCUCCACCUCUCUACCCCUCUAUCUCUACCUCUCUACCCCUCUAUCUCUAUCUCCACCUCUCUACCCCUCUAUCUCUAUCUCUACCUCUCUAUCUCUAUCUCCACCUCUCUACCCCUCUAUCUCUAUCUCCACCCCUCUAUCUCUACCUCUCUACCCCUCUAUCUCUACCUCUCUACCCCUCUAUCUCUACCUCUCUACCCCUCUAUCUCUAUCUCUACCUCUAUACCCCUCUAUCUCUAUCUCUACCUCUCUACCCCUCUAUCUCUAUCUCCACCUCUCUACCCCUCUAUCUCUAUCUCCACCUCUCUACCCCUCUAUCUCUAUCUCCACCUCUACCCCUCUAUCUCUACCUCUCUACCCCUCUAUCUCUAUCUCUACCUCUCUACCCCUCUAUCUCUAUCUCCACCUCUCUACCCCUCUAUCUCCACCUCUCUACCCCUCUAUCUCUAUCUCUAUCUCUCUACCCCUCUAUCUCUACCUCUCUACCCCAUCUCUAUCUCUAUUUCUACCUCUCUACCCCUCUAUCUCUAUCUCUACCUCUCUACCCCUCUAUCUCUAUCUCCACCUCUCUACCUCUUCUGUCCCUCUCAACCCGCCUGGCCAGCAGCAGAUGGGUUCCCCACAUAAAGAGCUGGUUGUGCUCGAGGUUUCUUUCCUGUUAA